AUGUACUUUAAUAAUGAAAUGUAAUAGGAACGAAACAAAUACAUAUUUCUAAUGAAUGUUGUUUCAGCUUUGUUGGAUUUAAACAUUUCAACUAAUUGUCGAUUGACAGGUCUGGUUUUCACUAGAUUAGCAUAUAAUUAUAGUAAAGUAAUGCCAAGCGAAUAAGAAAAAAUAAAGAAAAUUUAUUACAGUUAGGCUCAAGACUUAGGCAGUUAAUUCAAUCAAAGUCUAAUAGAAGGCUUAGUAAAAAUAUAGUAAUUUGAAUAAAAUACUGUGAUAAAUUACAUUGAUGAAUUGCGGCAAUACAUAGAUUAAGAAGUGUAGGAAUAACAAUUAAAAUUUAUACUCGCCUGUCACCUAAACAAUGUCAUAGAUGCUUUAAAAAUAGAGGAAUUCUUUAGAAAAUAUAUAAUUUAAGAGGAAGCAAGAUUUCAGAAGUAGCCGUACUUUGAAGUGAUCCACAGUUUAUCAUUGACUCAAUUGCUUAUAUAUAUUGAUGCUAAGAUUCGAACCAUUCUGUAUAAUCAACAAUGAAC